ACAUUAAUUGUGAAACUAAAACACAAACUAAUUGUCCAAAUUAACUAAAACACAAAAUGGACAAAUUUGUAGAGCUAAAAAGAGCAGUAGAAACAGUAGAAAUUGUGGACACUCAUGCACAUAACAUUGUGGCAUUGGACUCUAAUUUCCCUUUUCUUAGCUGUUUUUCUGAAGCCAAAGAGGAAGAUGAAACCAUUGAUUUCAAGAGAAGUUUGAAGGAAGUUGCUGAACUAUAUGGCUCGAAGUUAUCCGUGGAUGCUGUUCAAGAAUCUCGCCAACACCUUGGUUUGGAGUCGAGUGCUAAUACUUGUUUCAAAGCUGCAAGAAUUUCUGCCUUACUUAUUGAUGAUGGACUUGAUUUGGACAAAAAGCUUGACAUUAAAUGGCACGAACAUUUUGCACCAAAAGUCGGUAGAAUACUACGAAUUGAGGAUGUAGCUAAGAAGAUUCUUGAGAAGGGUACCGACGGAACAAAGUGGACACUGGAUUCAUUCAUGGAGAGUUUCUCAAAGGAGUUGAAAUCAGAAGCUGAUAAAGUUACUGCCUUUAAAAGUAUAGUUGCAUAUCGAACUGGCCUUGCAAUUAAUACAGACGUAACUGUAAAGGAAGCUGAGGAGGGGCUGAGUGAAGUUUUAUGUGGUGGAAAUGCUGUCCGAAUCUCGAACAAGAGCUUCCUUGAUUAUAUCUUCAUGCAUGCUUUGGUGGUGGCUCAAAGUUAUGACUUGCCAAUGCAGAUAGACACAGGUUUUGGGGAAAAGGAUUUGGAUUUGAGGCUAGCGAAUCCCCUUAAUCUUCGAAAUCUUCUUGAGGAUAAGAGAUUCACUAAGAACCGGUUAGUGCUUUUGCACGUCUCUUACCCGUUCUCAAAGGAAGCUUCAUAUCUAGCUUCUGUAUACCCUCAAGUCUAUCUUGAUUUUGGAUUAGCAAUUCCCAAACUUCGCUAUCAUAGGAUGAUAUCCUCAGUGAAAGAACUCAUGGAUUUCGCGCCAAUGAAUAAGGUUAUGUUCAGCACCGAUGGCUUCGCAUUUGCUGAAAGCUUUUAUUUAGGUGCAAGGAUAGCGCGUGAGGUGGUAUUCUCUGUUCUACGUGAUGCAUGUAUAGAUGGUGAUCUUUCGAUUCCAGAAGCUCUUGCAGUGGUUAAAGAUAUUUUUGCAGAAACUGCAAAGCAAUUCUACAAGCUUGAUGUUUCUUCAAGAUAUUCUGAUGUAGAACCUCAUCAUUUAUCAACUUCCUUCCAGAAGGAACAGAACGAUUCCUUGACGGAUGUUACACUUGUUCGCGUUAUGUGGCUUGAUUUCUCCGGGCAACAUAGAUGUCGUGUUAUUCCGCAACAACGGUUCAAUAGUUCUGUGAAAAGGGAUGGUUUAGGCUUAUCUGUUGAAUGUAUGGGAUUGACUUCGAUUUGUGAUAAUUUAUCAGAGGAUACUUGGCUUCCCGCUUCGGGGGAGGUCAGAACUGUUCCGGAUUUAUCAACCAAAUGCAGAGUCCCGUGGGCAAAGCACCAGGAAAUGGUUUUGACUGAUAUGUUAACUGAACCUGGUAAACCAUGGCAUUAUUGUCCAAGAGACGUACUUCGCAGAUUCUCUAAAAUUCUCGAGGAUGACUAUGGCUUGGUCAUGAAUGUAGGCGUUGAAGUUGAAUUUUACAUUCUGAAGACUAUUUUAGCGGAUGACAAAGAGGUAAUGCAAUCAUUUGACAGGACCCCUUACUGUUCUACAGCAGCAAUUGAUGCUGCAUCCUCAGUACUUAACGAGAUUGUUGCUUGUCUGCAGUCGUUGAAUAUUACAAUUGAACAGAUACAUUCGGAAUCUGGGAAAGGUCAGUUUGAAAUUGUUCUGGGAUACACAGAUGCUAUUACACAAGCUGACAACUUAGUUUAUACACAUGAAAUCAUUAAAGGAAUUGCAAGGAAACAUGGCCUAUUGGCAACUUUUAUGCCCAAGUAUUCUCCGGAUGGAAAUUGGCCGUAUAGAGAUGAUCAAUCUGCACAUGAUGCUGGCAGUGGAUCACAUGUACACAUCAGUUUGUCCAAGAAUGGAGAAAAUGUUUUUACGGCAUCUAGUGAUUAUAAUCGAUAUGGAAUGUCCAAGUUUGGUGAAUCAUUCAUGGCCGGAGUGUUAAGUCAUGUUCGUUCCAUAUGUGUCUUUAGUUGCCCACUUCCUAAUAGUUAUGAACGUUUUCAAACUAAGUCGUGGAAUGCAUUAUUUCUCUGUUGGGGGCCAGAAACCAAAGAGUUAACAAUGAGAACAUGUAGCCCUCCUGGAAUGGACGGCGCUGUUACCAAUUUUGAAUUGAGAACAUUUGAUGGAUGUGCAAAUCCACCUUUGGGUUUUGCUGCUUUAUUAGUUGCUGGGAUCGAUGGCUUGCGGAAUAAUCUAAAAAUUCCAGACCCUGCAGAUCCAGAAGAUUAUAAUCUGUUUGAUUACAAUGACGAGAACGAAGAUACAAGAUUACCUACAUCUCUUAGUUGCUCUAUAAUACAUAUAUUUUCAGAUGAAUGGUUUUUGGAAACUAUGGGUGAAAAUUUUUUGAAAGCAAGAAGAGGAGUAUGUGGGGAUGAGAUCAAGUAUUACUGUGAAUGUGGAAAGGAUCCAUAUUCAGAGGUUAUGUUCAAGUAUUAGGUUGAUCAAAUGUAUCUGUGAGAUGAUC